AUGAAUGCGAUAGUGGAAGCUUUUGCCUUCUUCCUGGGCUUUCUGGGCUGGCUGAUGGUUGGGGUUGCCCUUCCUAAUCGAUACUGGAGGGUUUCUACAGUGGACGGUAACGUUAUCACCACAUCAACCAUCUAUGAAAACCUAUGGAUGUCCUGUGCAACUGACUCUACAGGAGUUCACAACUGCCGGGAUUUUCCAUCUUUGCUCGCACUUAAUGGGUACAUUCAGGCUUCCCGGGCACUGAUGAUUGCUGCCAUUGUGUUUGGGACGUUUGGGCUCGUGGCAACUCUUACAGGAAUGCAGUGCUCAAAAAUAGGAGGAGAAAACUACGUCCUGAAGGGGAGGAUUGCUGCAAUUGGAGGAGUUUUCUUUUUACUACAGGGGAUUUGCACCAUGAUUGCUAUAUCUUGGUAUGCAGCUAAUAUCACACACGAGUUCUUUGACCAGCUUUUUCAAGGGAUUAAGUAUGAGAUUGGAGAGGGCCUGUAUAUUGGCUGGUCUUCAGCCAUACUUGCCAUUUGUGGAGGUUCAUGCCUGAUGUGUGCUUGCAAAGUCAAAACACCCAAUGAAAAAAUACCAUAUCCAUUCCAACAAUCUUCCAGAGGACAAGUGCUGUCGAGUAUGGCAACGUCUCGGUCUGUGCCAAGCAACUACGGAAGAAAUGCGUAUGUCUGA